AUGCAUGGUAUAAGAGUACUCAAUGGUAGAGGGGCCACCGACAAUGGUGCUGGUGCUGUCAAGGCCGCAGUUUGUCGCCUUUACAUCAGGGCAGUGAAUAGCAAGAGUAGUCGCGCCGCACUUCACAGCAACAAUAGAGCCUUCAAGAGGCUGAGGAUCGAACAUGGGGAGGGGGAAUUCAACGGUCGUAGUCUGGGCCGCAAUAGAAUUGGGCAGGAAGGGCUAAACAGCCCCGGAGUAUCUCAUUGCUGGAAAACGGGGGACCGUCUUCCACCUUUCAUUGUUACCGCUGGCGUCAACAAGCUCAACGGUAACGACGAUGCUUCUGCUACCGAGGCCGCUGGCUCUGAGGCUACUUCUGCCGAUAAGCCCAAGGACACUGGUGCCAAGGCCACUGAUACCGCUGACGCUACUACUGCUUCUUCUGAUGCUGCUGCCACUCCCGUAAGCUCCGACAAUGCUGCUGGCCCUAUGAUUACCCAGAAUGUUGUUCUGGCUGCGGCUGCUGUUGUUGGUGGUGCUGCUAUGUUGCUGUAG